GAAGCGGUGAAGGGCGCUGGAAGAAUAGACUUACAGUGAGCCAGGUGAGCCAAGCCACUGUGGUCGCGGCGACGCGGUCUCUACCGGUGGCCGGUUGGAUUCCCCGUCCCACUUUCACUCGCCAGAUCCAUGUCGUGACCCCGGAGAUUCGAGAGGGGACUGAACCUGAAGGAAACACGAAUUUCUGCAAGCUCCCAACUCGCAUUUUUCUACGUACCCCUACUCCUGUCCCAGCACUUCUUCAACAAAUCUUGGCCUUGACUCUUGCAUCAAGAUCACGACGGCCAGGUUUUUCUCCCGUGCGAGAACAGAAAAGAACAGCAACUCCUUUCAUCCCUGUUUCGUCACCGCCCCUCAUCCCCCACCAUGGAUAUCAACCCCAAAUACGACGACUACGACUUCCCCUACACAAAGGCCGAGCCUCAGGAUGGUCACGCCGGUCAUCUCACCGAGGGCCAGAUUGCCCAGGUGCACCAGCUGCGCAUGAUGCUGGAAGCCGAGGGCCUGACCAAGCGUCUCGACACCUUGACCCUGUUGCGCUUCCUCCGUGCCCGCAAGUUCGAUGUCGAGGCAUCCAAGAAGAUGUUUGUGGAAUGCGAGAAGUGGCGCGAAGAGAUCAAGCUGGACGAGCUCGUCCCCGUCUGGGACUACCCCGAGAAAGCCGAGAUCUCCAAGUACUACAAGCAGUUCUACCACAAGACGGACAAGGAUGGCCGCCCUGUCUACAUUGAGACUCUUGGUGGCAUCGACCUGGCUGCCAUGUACAAGAUCACCUCGGCGGACCGCAUGAUCACCAACCUUGCCGUCGAGUACGAGCGUGUCUCCGACCCCCGUCUACCGGCCUGCUCCCGCAAGCAGGGCAGCCUCCUCGAGACGUGCUGCACCAUCAUGGACCUCAAGGGCGUCGGCAUCACAAAGGUGCCUCAGGUUUACUCAUACGUCCAGCAGACGGCCGGCCUGUCGCAGAACUACUACCCCGAGCGCCUCGGCAAGAUGUACAUGAUCAACGCCCCCUGGGGCUUCUCGACCGUCUGGAGCGUCGUCAAGGGCUGGCUCGACCCCGUCACCGUGUCCAAGAUCCACAUCCUGGGCAGCGGCUACAAGAGCGAGCUGCUGAAGCAGGUCCCCGCCGAGAACCUGCCCAAGGAGUUUGGUGGCUCCUGCGAGUGCGAGGGCGGCUGCGAGCACAGCGACGCCGGUCCCUGGAGCGACCCCGAGUUCGCCAGGCCCCCCAAGUGGGCGAGGAAGGAGGGCGAGACUGCGGCUCCGGCUGCGGCUGCUCCCGCCACCGAUGCCACUCCUUCUGCCGGCGAGGAGAAGCCCGAGGUGACGACUGGCGUUGAAUCCGCCCCUGUGCCCGAGAAGAGCGAGGGUGACGAGGCCAAGCAGCCCGCUGCCGCUUAAGCGUCCAAGAUCAUGUUGUGUUCAGGUGUAGUUUCGGGCGGGCGUUGUGAGUUAGCGGUCAAGGUCUAGAGUAGAAGAGGACCGCGACAGAUGGGGCGUGGUGUAGUAUUGGGGUUUCUCCUUGUGUUGCCGGCCAAAAAA